GGCUUUCUGGGCCUUCUAUCUCCCCCACCCAUUUGGCGAAUCGUCAACGUUCCCUAAAUUUAGCAAAAAGAAGAAGAAGAAGAAGAAGAAGAAGCAGAAGAGAAAAGAAGAAAUCGUAGACCACACACGAUUCCAUCAAUGGCUACCAAAGUGUAUAUUGUGUAUUAUUCCAUGUAUGGACAUGUAGAGAAACUAGCAGAAGAAAUAAAGAAGGGGGCUUCAUCCGUUGAAGGUGUAGAGGCCAAAUUAUGGCAAGUCCCUGAGACACUACCAGAUGAGGUGCUUGGAAAAAUGAGUGCACCACCAAAGAGUGAUGUGCCAAUCAUCUCACCAAAUGAACUUGCAGAAGCAGAUGGCUUUGUAUUUGGCUUCCCAACUAGAUUUGGUAUGAUGGCAGCUCAAUUCAAAGCUUUUCUGGAUGCAACCGGUAGCCUUUGGAAAGCACAACAGCUAGCCGGAAAACCUGCUGGGAUCUUUUACAGCACUGGAUCUCAAGGUGGUGGUCAAGAGACCACUGCGUUGACCGCCAUCACUCAGCUCGUUCACCACGGCAUGAUUUUCGUUCCAAUUGGAUAUACAUUUGGUGCUGGCAUGUUUGAAAUGGAGAAAGUCAAAGGCGGAAGCCCUUACGGUGCAGGAACUUUUGCCGGGGAUGGCUCCAGACAACCAUCUGAGCUUGAGCUGGAACAAGCAUUCCACCAAGGAAAGUACAUUGCCACCAUCACAAAGAAGCUCAAGGGAGCGGCUUGAUUCUAGUUCACCAUAACCAUACAUUUUAUUUAAAAAAAGAAAAAGAAA